CCCAGUCGUCGUUCACGUCCACAUCAACGAGUCCGCGCGCCGCACCGCGGGCCAUGUGGGUCCCCUUGUGCCAUGGCGUCCAACGUUGGACGGAGGAGAGGCUCUCAGGCACCGCCCGUGGUGUCGCGCCUGUCGCGCCAGUCGCGCCUGUGGGCCUCGACCCUGCGGACGCGUCCAGCGCAGCUGCGCUCGCGCUCGCGUCGAGCGCAGCUGCUGCGCUCGCCGCGAGGCGAAGACGGCUCGCUGCUCGAGGCAGCGGCGCCAUGGCUCGAGGCGCCUCGGGUGCGGAGGAGCAAAGCCUCGGAGCGAUCUACAACCCCGCCGCGGUGGACGAGUUCUUCGCCCAGAGACCUUGGGCGGUGCUCGCGAGGCUGCUGAAGGUGCUGGCCGGCGCAGCACGUUGCGCGCUGCCGACCAUGAGUCAGGAUUCCGCAUCAGCCGAGCGCCUGGUGGCGCGGCGGGUGCGAGAACUCUUCACUGAGCUUGGGCCGACCUACAUCAAGUUAGGUCAAGCCCUGAGCGUGCGCCCCGAUGUGCUCCCGGAGGCCUUUCUACAGGAGUUCCGUGAGUUCCAGGACAGUGUCACGCCCUUCAGCCACGAAGAGGCGAUCCAGCUGGUCUUGGAAGAGUUGAAGCUCAACAGUUUGGAUGAACUCUUUCAGGACUUUGGAGAAGCGCCCAAAGCAGCCGCUUCAUUGGGACAGGUGUACAAGGCUCGCCUGAAGAACGGCCAGUCCGUUGCCGUCAAGGUACAGCGGCCCAGGCUGCGGGAGACGGUGGCCUUGGACCUGGUCAUCGCCAGGCAAAUGGCCAAGUGUUUGGCCAUCUUCUCCGACCAGCUUCCAGAAGGCGUGCGGGGCACGGACUGGGUGGAAGUGGUGGACGCCUUUGGACAGCGACUCUUCGAAGAACUGGACUACGAAACCGAAGUGAAGAACGCUCAGCGCUUCAGGGACCUCUAUGGCGACCAGGAAAAGCUGAAGGUGCCCACGAUGUAUCCCAGCUUGACGACGCGCAAAGUCAUUGUCAUGGAGUGGAUCGAUGGUGCCAAGCUCACGGAUUCCUCCGCCAUCCGCGCCCUAGGCUUGCAGCCCCUACCGUUCAUCUCGAUAGGCAUCGAGUGUGCGAUGCGGCAGCUCUUGGAGCAUGGCUUCUUCCAUGCGGAUCCACAUCCUGGGAACUUCAUCGUGACCACACAGGAGGCGCGGAGAAACACACCGUUCUUCAGCGGCGAGCUGUGCGUCCUGGACUUCGGGAUGAUGAGCGAGAUGCCGAAAGAGGCGCGCUUGGCGGUGAUCCAACACAUUGUGCACGUCGUGAACCGCGAUUAUGCUGGCAUGGCCAGGGACUACCACCAUUUGGGCUUCAUUUCGGAGGACAUUGAUGUGAGGCCGAUCGUCCCGCAGAUCCGGGACUAUUUCGAGCCGCGGAUGUCCAAUUCCGCCGCCGCAGCUGUAAGCUUCAAGACCAUCAUCGACGGCUUGGAGGAGGUAAUUUUUAAGAACUACCCCUUCUCCGUGCCCGCCUUCUACGCUUUGGUCGUGCGAAGCUUGGUGACCUUGGAGGGCUUAGCUCUCUCCAUCGACCCCAAGUACCGCGUCCUGGCGGCGGCGUAUCCCUACCUCGCCAAGCGCGUGCUCCUGGACGCCGAACUGCGCUCCAGCCUUUUUGAGCUCUUGGUGAACACCAAGGAGAGCGAGUCGCGUUCCAACCGCUUUCGCUGGGAUCGGGCGAUUGAUUUGCUGCGCGAAUCCUCCAAGAGCAGCGUGGCAGUGCCCGGCUCCACCAGGACGCGCGAAGGGAAGGCGGACGACGUGGGGCCCUUCUUGGACUUGGCUUCGUCUCUCAUCGAGGACGUGGCCUUCCGGCAGACCUUGGUGGGCGAGUUGGCGAGCACGGCGGACGUGAUGAUUGCUGACAUCAUCGGAGGUGCCAUGGGUGGCGAUGAGCUCCGGAAGCGUUUGGGCAUCCAGAAGAACGACGAGGCGCGUGUCUCGGACGUGCGGGAAACGGUGAACCUCAUCGCAGAGAAGGUGGUCGA